GUUGCGGCGCGAGACUCACUUUUACUUUCGCUUCGACACGGAAAGGCGGCGCUUUCAAGUGACACGCCGCUCCAUUUCCCUUCAUAUUGCAGUACUAUAUCUGGUGUGUCUGUGUGUGUUUGGUGAUGAACGAGACGAGUGUGUGAAGAUGGGCUCCGUGCGCCGCUCUCACACACCGCACAUCAUGAUUAUCAUCAUGUGUCUCCUUCUUGUGUUUUGGGCCCAGUUUCCUCUCUCGUUCGCCCAGCAGUGUGAUGUGACCACUAGGGUCGGAGACCCUGUGACCAUUGACCUGCAGUAUCCUGGGUUCACAGAAAACAAUGAGUUGAUCUGGAAACAUGAAGACAAAACAGUUUUUGAGAAGAGCAAAGGAACAAUUAUAACAGGCAGUAAAGAAGAUGUAAACAGUGGUGGAUCCCUUAUCCUGCGCCGUGUACAGAUGUACCAGAAAGGACCGUAUUCUGUAGAAGUGUAUGACAGUACAACAGGGAUAAAUCUGUAUAAAACAGAGAAGAACUUGUGUGUGACAGGUGAACUGGUCUAUGGAUUCAUAGGAAAAAAGGUUCAACUGGAGCCUAAAGUGACUGAAACCAUCAACAGCAUCACAUGGAAGAAAGGCAAUAACACCAGAAUAGCCACUUGGGACAGGAAUUCAGGACUGUAUUAUUAUGACAGAUGUGAGACUAAAGACCAGUGUGAACUGAAUCCCACUGCUGGGGUGUUAGUAAUGAAAGGGUUAAAACAAGAAGAUGAAGGACGAUACUCUGCUGAAAUAAAUGGGAAAUUAUCUGAAAAGGACUUUCAACUGUUUGUACUCGCUGAAGGAACUGAACUGGUCUAUGGAUUAAUAGGAAAAGAGGUUCAACUGGAUCCUAAAGUGACUGAAACCAUCAACAACAUCACAUGGAAGAAAGAGAACAAUGGAAUAGCCAAGUGGGACAGCAGCUCAGGACUGUAUUAUGAUGACAGAUGUAGGACUGGCAACCAGUGUGACCUGAAUCCCACUACUGGGGUGUUCGUAAUGAAAGGGUUAAAAGGAGAAGAUGAAGGACGAUACUCUGCUGAAAUAAACAAUAAAGGACCUGUAAAGAAAUGUCUGCUCAUUCUACUCAAUCCUGUGUCCAAACCCAGUGUGACCACAUUCUGCAGUGAGACCCAGUGCAUCCUGACCUGUGUGGUAGAGGAGACUAAACACACGAAAUACUCCUGGAAAGAGAACAAUGAAACUGUAAAGGAGGGAAACACCUUGAUGGUGGAGAAGAGUGGAGAGCAGAGUAAAAGUUACACCUGUGUGUUCAGUAACCCUAAGAGUGAGGAGCACAGUGACCCCCUCACUCAGAUGGACUUAUUUCCAGCCAAAGGUUCUUCAGGUGGUUCCAUCGUUGCUGGUGUCUUUAUACCACUGUUCCUCAUAGUGGUAGUGGCAGGAGCUCUGAUUUAGUGGCGUGAAAAAAAACAUUCAAGAGAUAAGUGUAAAGCACAGCAGAACACCACGGGAAGGGAAGAGCAGAGUCUGAAGGACAACAACUAAAGACUGAAGAUGGAGCCACUGCUUAAGUCCAUUGAUCUUAGUGGACAUUCGCUUUCACACAGCAGGCAGUUCAGGGCGGAAAACAUGGUAAAAAGGUGAACUGGUCACAGUUCAAAUCAGUUCAGUGGAAUAUGAGUCCGACGUUUCACCUCCACUGUGACACACAACCCGACUCGUCACCUCCUCGCUGAACACUUCACCUUCUUACCAUAGUAAACAUCGUGUGUAACUCUGAUUUGUAACAUUUACAGGGCAGAAUCAGUUCUUUGGCAUUAAUAAUAAUCAUACUUAUGAUUUUCAUUGUCAUAAUUACACAAGGACUUGUGUGUUUAAAGUGACUUGUCUUCAGGAGCAGUUUGUACUGUGCUCUACUGUACUGUGUUGUUGCAAGAAGAACAUCCUGGGUUCGAAUCCCCUCUCCU